CAAAUUGGUGUCCAUAGGAAGAAACAUACACAAAAACUGGAUUUUUUCUCCAUUACCCGAUUAGAACUACGUUCUCCCGAACGCAACUAGUGACCAGUUCUUCCGAUUCAACAGCUAACUCAUCAUCACGAUACGCAAAUGGAGUUCUUUACAAGACUUUUUAGGCCUUUAAUUUGCGCUAAUAUAUUAUUUUACGGUCAACGGUUUCUAUUUGUUUUACGGCUAACGAUUGAAUUUUAAGCUUUUUUACGCCUAACGGUUAAAUUUUUGGCCCUUUUACGGCUAACGGUUAAACCCAAAUGAGACCCUCAUAUAUCAGAAUUGCACUUCUUAAAACAACUGUUCUUCAACCAGUGCAUACAAUAUUAACCGUGGAAAGAAGAACAUAACUCGAAGUGGCCGUAUAAAGAGGGUAAAGUUAUCAAGGAUCAUACAGGUUGGAAUUUCAGAAUGGUCGUUGGCCGUAUUAUCGGGGUGGCCGCAUUAACAGGGCUUUCUCAUAAAGGUAAGUAUGGGCGUUUGACCGAGACAAAAAAAGUGGCCGUAAUAACGAGGUGACCGUAAGGCGGGGUUCCACUCUGCUGGAAACAAUUUUGACAGAAACUUUCAUACCUCCUGCAAACGAAGUCACGCACGUUCAAUAUGCCUUUAAAGCUAUUGGACUUUCCCAUUAGUAUGUUGACAAAAAAUGGAGAUAGCAAAAUAUGUAAAAACACCUUUUAGAGGAAGUGUUUUAAAUCAAUUGUUUGGAGCCGCGAUUGAAACUUAUUUAAAUUUUCAUUUUCAUUUUUCCUUGACUACUACUUGCUUUGCAGGAAAACUCUCACAGCGUGUUUUUCAGUUCCUAUCACUUUUGGUUUCACUUUCAUCACAAGAUCGACAAACCGAACACGAGGGUCCUGUUAUUGACGCGUAUUCAUUUUGGUUUCAUUCUCGUCGACUGACGAAAACCAAGGUAAACGUGUCGUUAUUGACGCGUAUUUAUUUUGGUUUCAUUCUGGUCGACUCACCAAAAACCAGGGAAAAGGUCCUGUUAUUGACCCAUAUUGGUUUUGGUUUCACUCUGGUGACUCACCAAAGCAAGUGACUAUAAAAAAUAAUUUUAGCUUAGUUAUAAUAUAUUCAUAGCAGAAUGAAAUAAUGAUGUAAAUUGUUCACACUCAAUUCCCUUUUUCAAUGCAAAGCCAGAACCUGAGAGAAUUUGUGACCGCAACGUCGAAGCUUACCACUAACUAUUGACGUCAUGUAUUAAAGACUAAUUAAAACCAGUUAUAAGUAGCGACGUUGGUGUGACCGAAACACGAUUGGCAAGCUGUUUAAAAAAAUUCUUUCUCUUUAACUCAUUAGUGUUUCCGAGCACUCACAAAAGGUAAACUAAUAACUCUAGUCAUUUUGUAACCGUGAUUUGCCUUGUUUUUUUUUCAUCCCGUAUCCCGCCUCUCGAUUUCAAAUUUAUCCCGCAUUUUCUGGUUGAAAUGAACACAUGCUGCUCAGGCCAAGAUAUGUUCAUCCCGAAUCCCGCUUUCCACAUCCCGCCUGGAUUUUUAUCUUAUCUCACAACCUGUCAAGCUGACGUUUUGACACUCCAGAAACUUCGAGAUACAUCUUCCAUGCUUGACGUAUUAUGAUAAUCAGUAUGCAAUGUUAAUUUUAUUAAUCAGCAAACACAGAGUUAAAUGGUACACUGGAGUAGUUUCUAAGCCCGAGAAACUUCAAAGAGAAAACAAAGAUGCUAAGAGUUAUGUUGAAAGGUCCAGGACUGUGAACAAUCUUUCGAUUUUACAGUCAUACACAGUGCAUUAAUUACAUAAUUGAAACGUUCUAUCGGUUAGUCACUAAGGCAGAACUGAGUUAACUCCUAUUGUUUUUAUGUACGGUUAAACCAAAGAGUGAAUAACAACAGACAACACAGAACUUUCUCUAGCCUGAUAACCACUUGACUGAUUAUUAGCUAUGCUCAAAACCCAAUAUGCUCUGAAAGUUACUGGACUUUACCGUCAGUGUUUAGUAGGGAAUGGGAAUAGAAAAAAUGUAACUUACUUUUAAACGUUUUUAUCUGAUUGCUUUGCGCAGUGUUUAAAACUCAUUGCAAUUUUAAUUUGUUUUGACUUUCUAUAUAUUGGACCUCCUAUUGUCUUG